CACUAACCAUUGGAUCACUGCUAGGAAAUGACAUGCAUAAAGAAUAGCUCAAAAGGGAAGUACCAAUCAAGAGUUAGAAGUGUUUCGGAGGUCUCCGGUGUGACAGGUUGCUCAUCACACACGAAAGGAACAUCUCUGAAUCCAAACUGGUGAAGAAAGCCUUUGCCAUUCAUCCACAUACCAGAUUCAAUUUCUUCAUUGACUGGACUAGCAACCAGUGGGACCAAGUGCGUAGCACUGCAGGACGAGCGUGAGUGCUCACACAUCACACCAUGGCCCAAUAUGACCAACUGGAAGAUAAACAUUCGGUGGAUAUCCACGACAACCCCACAACCCCUGACAAUAUUGUAAAAGAGGAAGACAAUACUGUAUACUUCGUUUAUGAGGAGGAGGUGGAAGUAGAGGAGAAGGAGCCCGAGCCUGAGCCCGUUGUUAUAUUGGUGAAUGACAAACCACACAAGUUCAAGGACCACUACUGCAAGACGCCCAAGUUCUGUGACGUCUGUGCUCGUAUGAUCGUCCUCAACAACAAGUUUGCUCUAACGUGCAAAAACUGCAAGACCAACAUCCACCACUCGUGCCAGUCCUAUGUUGAGUAUCAGAAGUGCUUUGGCAAAAUUCCCCCAGGUUUCAGACGAGCAUACAGUUCCCCUCUAUACAGUAGUGACCAGACAGAUGCAGCCCACUCCAACCGUAACGACCCUGUGUUUGACACUCUGCGGGUUGGGGUUGUCAUGGCAAACAAGGAGCGCAAGAAGGGGUCUGAAGACAAGAAGAACAUGAUGAUGAUGAUGAUGGAGGAAGAGGAAUCACAACAACCCAAAGAAGACGAGCAGGCAGAAGGAAAGCCCGAGGGGGAUAAGAAGGGAGACAAGGCUGACAAAGCAGAUGACAAGAAAAAGAAGGAGAUGGGAAACAUGGGAAAUCAGUCCCAUUACUACCUGGCUCUGUACCGCUUCAAGGCCAUUGAGAAAGACGACCUUGACUUCCAUCCUGGUGAUCGAAUCACUAUAAUCGAUGACGCCAAUGAAGAAUGGUGGAGGGGGAAGAUUGGUGAGAAGACAGGUUACCUCCCCACCAAUUACAUCAUUAGAAUAAAAACUGGGGAGAGGGUGUUCAAGGUGACACGGUCCGUCGUGGGAAACAGAGAGAUGGGACAGAUCACUCUGAAAAAAGACCAGAUCGUGGUGAAGAAGGGAGAGGAGGUGAAUGGCUACCUGAAGGUCAGCACCGGCCGCAAGCUGGGCUUCUUCCCCGCCGACCUGCUCCAGGAGAUCUGAACCUAACCGGAUCACAACCACAACCAUAGGACUUGGGUCACACCGUCACCAGGACCAUAAUCACACAAUUCAUCAAACCCUGUUCCAGUGAACACACGUGACCAGGAACAGCAUUUUUAUACUACCAAUCUAGCACCACUAUCAUUUUCCACCUGUAGGGGCCUAGGUCUGAUCUGGUGAGUCUGUAAGCUGUUUGAGGGCUGUAAAGGCUCAGAGGGGGCAAGGUUAUUGAGUGUAACCCAAUACUGCAGCCUCCCCAGCCUGUUGAACUGGGUCAGCUGGCCAUGCAAUCUGAGCUGGAUGGAGAAAUGUGUCAGGUCAGACCGUACAUGUGUGUGGUGGGAAUUUAAAACGUUAACAUGUUUGUGUCAUUUUAAUGUGAUGAAAACUGGACAACCUUAAACUAGAUCUUCAGCAAGGUUCAAAAGGCAAUGCUUGUAACUACUGUAAGUAGCUAGGAUUUGGACAUAUUUUUUUUGUUAUUCAUUUAUUCAAAUGUAUAUUUUGGAGGCUAUUGCUUACAGUCACUGUAGUAGCUUUAUUUUCCCCUUGAUGUCCAUGUUAAAGGGAGCUUGUUAAAGUGCAUGUCGUUAUUUUUUUGCAUGGGCCCGUCUUUAAUAAUCAUUGCCAAAACAAUGUGCUGUGUAUUUGAGGAAUUUAUACAGAGCAAUAGCCAAUGGUGACACACAGACCCACAUGCUUUUGCCAGACUAACGUAGGCCUAUCAUUGAUGCAAGAUGGUAACAUUACAGGCCUAUCAUUGAUGCAAGAUUGUAACAUUACAGGCCUAUCAUUGAUGCAAGAUUGUAACAUUACAGGCCUAUCAUUGAUGCAAGAUUGUAACAUUACAGGCCUAUCAUUGAUGCAAGAUGGUAACAUUACAGGCCUAUCAUUGAUGCAAGAUUGUAACAUUACAGGCCUAUCAUUGAUGCAAGAUUGUAACAUUACAGGCCUAUCAUUGAUGCAAGAUUGUAACAUUACAGGCCUAUCAUUGAUGCAAGAUUGUAACAUUACAGUACAGCCAUUUGUUAUUCAUGUUCUAUUGAAAUACCAACAGCCAAGUGCAGGCUUAUCCCAUGUAUUGUCUUUCUUGAUAUGCAUCCUUUCAAAACCUAUAUAACUCUGUGAUACCGUCAUAGUAAACUUGAAUGACUGAC